AUGUUACGCAGAGCUGUUGCAAUAUCACCCUCUGCUACAGUUGUUGCCUCGCGUACGUCGUCACGGCACUCAUCCACCGGUUCGAAGGACUUAUCAAGUUUUGGCGGGAACCGACCGCACCCCCCGGCAAUACAACACAAUGAACCCAUCACGCCCAUGGACUUUAACCCGCAUAUUGAGUGGUUUGAGUACCCCAAAGAAGUAUUCGACCCAAAAUAUCCCUAUACGCGUGAGGAAAGUAUUCGCAUGACUGAGGAGUCGUGGGAAAGUACAAUGGACGAAAUGGCAAGUCGCUACGGUAUGCGGUUGAAUAUGUCCACGAAACCCACCUUUUGGAUGGCAUGGAGUCUCAUGUUUAUUUACUCCUGGUACACACUUUGGGGUUGCUACCGCGCCAUGGGAACGGAGCCGGGGUGGACUCACUUUCGUAGCGUUGUGCUUGAUCAACCCAACGUUCCCACGCUGGAGGAGGACGACAUUUACUUGGACCAGUGGAUUCGGCCUGAGAUUAGAGAGAAGCACGCAAAAUAUGAGAGAUUUUGGAAUUGGAAACCAUUGACCAAACGCGAUGGGGCGCAAACGAGCUGGAAGAUUCCUAUGCAAUACCAGGAUGAAUCGGAGUGGCGGCAUAUGACGAGCGCGAACUAA